AUGUCAGAAGCACUGAUCCAAAUCGGAGUAGUAGGCUGUGCCGACAUAGCUCGUAAAGUUUCUCGCGCCAUCAACUUAUCCCCAAACGCCACCAUCUGCGCCGUCGCUAGCCGCAACUACGACAAAGCCGCCGCUUUCGCCGCCGCCAAUGGCUACCCACUAACAGCGAAGGUGUACGGGAACUACGAAGCUCUGCUGGAAGACCCUGAUGUGGACGCUGUGUAUAUGCCACUUCCUACAAGCUUGCACCUUAAGUGGGCCGUUCUUGCGGCCCAGAAUAAGAAGCAUUUGCUUCUUGAGAAGCCUGUUGCGCUGGAUAUUGCUGAGUUUGAUGAAAUUGUGGGAGCUUGCGAGGAGAAUGGUGUGCAGUUUAUGGAUAAUACUAUGUGGGUUCAUAAUCCUAGGACUGCUAAAAUGGCACAGUUUUUCAAUGAUCCGCACCGUUUUGGUCAACUCAAAUCGGUUCGCACCUGCUUUACAUUUGCUGCAGAUUCUGAAUAUCUAAAGAAAGACAUUCGUGUGAAGCCAGAUCUUGACGCACAUGGUUCUCUGGGUGAUGCAGGCUGGUAUUGCAUUCGUGCAAUCCUCUUAGCUGCCAACUACGAACUCCCUAAAACAGUGAUAGCCUCACGUGAACCAGUGCUUAACAAAGAUGGAGUUAUAUUGGAUUGUGGUGCAUCACUAUAUUGGGAGGAUGGUAAAGUAGCUACAUUUCAUUGUUCUUUCUUGGCAAACUUGACAAUGGAUAUAACAGCUAUUGGAACAAAAGGAACUCUUCAUGUUCAUGAUUUUAUUAUUCCUUAUGAAGAGAAUGAAGCAUCUUUUCAUUUUGGUACUGAAACUAGCUUUGAUGAUCUUGUUACUUGUUGGUCUAAACAGCCAGUGAAGUGUACUGUUAAAACUAAUCUUCCUCAGGAGGCUCUUUUGGUUACAGAAUUUGCUCGUUUGGUGGGCGAAAUUAAAUUUAGAAACUCCAAACCUGAGAAGAAGUGGCCAAUUGUUAGUAGGAAAACACAACUUGUGUUGAAUGCUGUUAAGUCUUCAAUUCAUAGGGGUUUUGAGCCUGUUCAGAUUGAGGAGUGAAGCAAGGAGUAUGUUGUGUACUUCUCAAUAUGUACUCUGCUCAAUUGAUAUCUUUGGUUUUAUCUGUUAAAAUGUUAAUGCAUUUCAAAUAAAUAUUACUCAUGGCUAGAUGCUUGUUAAAGAGUCUAAA